UUUAUAUGCGUGCACGCACUCGGCCAUUCACACCUCCUGCCGGUCUCCUCCGAACCCUAGCCUGCUUCUCCUCCUCCUCCCCGCCGCCGCCGCCGCGAGCACAGACGACGCAGCCAUGUCCGGGAGGAAGAAGACGCGAGAGCCCAAGGAGGAGAACGUGACGCUCGGCCCCACGGUCCGCGAGGGCGAGUACGUCUUCGGCGUCGCGCACAUCUUCGCGUCGUUCAACGACACCUUCAUCCACGUGACGGAUCUGUCCGGCAGGGAGACGCUCGUCCGCAUCACCGGUGGCAUGAAGGUGAAAGCUGACCGUGAUGAGUCAUCCCCUUAUGCUGCCAUGCUUGCAUCCCAGGAUGUUGCACAGAGAUGCAAGGAGCUUGGAAUUACUGCUCUGCACAUUAAGCUCCGUGCUACUGGUGGAAACAAGACAAAAACUCCUGGUCCUGGUGCUCAAUCUGCGCUUAGAGCUCUUGCACGUUCUGGCAUGAAGAUUGGACGCAUUGAGGAUGUUACUCCAGUCCCAACUGACAGUACCCGCAGAAAGGGUGGCAGAAGAGGAAGGAGGCUGUAAUUCCGUGUAGUGCCUGUUAUGGGGGGAAAGCAAAGCUAUCUAUCCUUGUCCUUGCAACUUGUUCUGUACUCUAUUAUGAUCUUAGCAUCGGAUGUGGAUUUAUAAAUUUUGAGCUAUGUUAUGUUCUUUAGAAGAUGAAUGACCUCCCCCUAUAAAGCCGAUUAUCUAAAUUUUGGUUGCUGUUAUCACAACUAAUGUUUAUCAGAUUGUGUUUUGUGUUGCUGUUGCCGUGAUA